ACAUCGCCUGUAUUCCGCAAGCGGCUCGUCUGCUAUGGGCAGGGCCUCAGACCCGAGCCCCUCAUUUUUCCUUCUCUACCCGUAUUCAGUUUUCCCACAGAUUUACUGAUAUCACCAAUUUCUGGAAAUAAAGACGACAACUCUUCGUACGUCAGAUUAAAUCAAGCAUUUUCAACGCAUCUGGUUGUUGCUGAACAAAUUUAAAGGGCCACCCCAUUCGGGUGUGUGUGCGUGAUCUUGGAGUUCCUCUUUUUUCGGACCCUGUGAUGGAAUGACUGACUGCAAACUAUGAACAAAAUGGAGAACAUGACACUGGAGAGCGGUUUUGAAGAAAAACUGACGCUGUCAGAAAAAGCUCUCACAUCUCCUCCAGGUAUGAGUGACACAAUUCAGAAAGACAAUGAAAUGGACAGCGAGAUCCUUAAAGCGGACGACACGACGAUCACAGACUCUUCGCUCAUAACAGACCCGCCGUCAAAAAUCGAACCAAGCAAAUCUGACCCAAGACCCAACACGCCUGGAGGCACUGCCAUCUCCCCUCCCAAAAAAGAUGGAAUGAGUUCAGAGCAACGUCAGAAACAAGCCAAAAAGAGACGGGAGGAGAGAGCCAAAUAUCUGGAACAGAAAACGCAGGAGCAAGCGACAAAGAAAGCUCAGUGGUUGGAGAAGGAGGAGAAGGCCAGACGUUUACGUGAAAGCCAGCUGGAGGAACGCAGGAGGAAACUGGAGCAGCAGCGAAUGAAAACGGAAAAACGAAGAGCCCUGCUGGAGGAGAAACAGAGACAGAAACUCGAGAAGAACAAGGAGAGAUAUGAAUCCGCUAUUAAGAGGUCAACCAAAAAAACCUGGGCAGAGAUCCGUCAGCAGAGGUGGUCAUGGGCCGGCGGGUUAAACCAGACCUCACGUAGAGAGAGCAGAUGCUCGGCCUCCACGGUCAACCUGCCGCGGCAGACGGAGUCUGUCAUUAGCAACAGGCUGUCCAAGUCUUCGGCCACGCUGUGGAACUCACCUUGCAGAACCCGCAGUUUGCGUCUGAGCCCGUGGGAGAGUCGUAUCGUGGAGAGAUUGAUGACUCCGACACUUUCGUUUCUGGCUCGGAGUCGGAGCGUGGCCACUCUCCAGAACAGCAGCGACACCAAUCAGUGUUCCCGGUCUGCAUCAGCGUCUCCUCUGACCGCCUGCUCUCAUCAUCAUCCUCACCAGCACAAUACUGACCGCUGGAGAGUUUCAGCCAGCACACCUGACAUCACACAGCGCCAACCCAGACGCAACUCUGCACCGCUUGAAAAGAAGAAGAAAGAAAAGAAAGACAAAGAAAGAGAGAACAUAAAGGAGAAGAGCGCUUUAACUAAAGAGAAAGUGCAGAAGAAGAGACAGUCUGAGUCCAUCACCAGAACAACAACAGACAGCAGCUCAAAUAUAAAACCUAAAAACAGAACAUCAUCACCUGCCACGCCCAGGAGUCGCCCUCUCUCACCCAACCCCACCGUGUCCUCCAAGCCCCCCUCAUCUUCAGGCCGGACCCCUCCUGGCACCAAAACCAGGCCCAAGCGAGCUCAGACCCCUGCCCGGGUACAGGCCCCUGCCGUAGCUGCCGUCGCCGUGGAAACAAAGGAGCCCGCUCAGGCAAACCCUCCCAAGGACACAAAGACCCCCAAUGUUCCUGACAUCACCGUCUCCUCUGCCCCUGCCACGCCCACCACUGCCAAUCCGCCAAUCGCUACGACUCCUCAGACACCGGAGGCCACAGUGUCCGCCACACCUUCGCGUUCCCUCUCUCCCGAGCCGAGCCCUUCAGUCGCCAAGCCGACAGCCGGUACCAAUGACCCGGAGGAGGCGGCCCGGGUUUUGGCAGAGAAGAGACGUCAGGCCCGUGAGCAGAGAGAGCGAGAGGAGCAGGAGAGACGAGAACAGGAGCAGAAGAGCAGGGAGAUGCGCGAGGAGCACGCCAGGCGUGAGGAGGAGGAGAGGAGGCGCAGAGAAGAGGAGGCACGCUUCAUGGCCGAGCAGCAGCGUCUGCAGGAGGAGAGAGAGGCGCAGGAGAGAGCACGAGCCGAGCAGGAGGAAAACCAGAGACUUCAGAGACAGCGCGAGGAGGCCGAAUCUAAAGCCCGCGAAGAAGCAGAAAAACAGAGAAUAGAGCGCGAGAAACAUUUUCAAAAGGAGGAACAGGAGCGCCUGGAGAGAAAGAAGCGUCUGGAAGAAAUCAUGAAGAGGACCCGUAAGAGUGACACAGGUGGACAGAAAGAUGUGAGGUCGCCAGCCCAGGUCAAUGGCAAAGUCUCUGACAGCGUAAUGCAGAAAAAUCCUUCAGACACUCUUCAUACUCCUGCAGCAAGUUUUAACCAAUCACAGGGAGACUUUAAAACAAGCCCCUGGGAUUCGUCCCCUGUCAUAAAUGGUGUCCAGCCCACCAAGCAUCAGAAUGGACUGUCAUCCAAUGGAGACGCAGCACAGUAUGAGGAAAUCAUCAAGCUGUCCAAUCGUAGUGGCAGCAGCAACAAUGGGCAGGGUCAACCGACCGACCCAAUCAUGGCCUUUGAGGCAGGGGAAGAAUUUAGGAUGAAGGCGGGGCCUAUUAAACCCCAGCAUGUGGCAGAGGUUCUGUGAAAGCGUGAAUCCCUCCGAAGAGACGAGAGAGGAGAAGCCUUACGUUACCGCUGAAGAAGAGCGCCUGCUUCCUCCUGUCACGUGUGCCAAACAAACAAACAGACUUAAAACACUGCACAGCAGAAAAUGACCGUUUCUGUGGAAGCACUUUGAGAAAGUGAAAUGAGAACCUAAAAACUGAACACUUCUAUACACUUCUAUAAACCGUUUGCAGAAAGUCUCUGUCUAUUUCACUGUGUGUCAUGGUGCAACAUUGUCAAGUUUCUUUAAGAAGUCACCUGCCGAUUAUGUGGCACCUUAAAUGAGUCUCUAUAUAAUGAAUUUUAGCAAGAAGAUAAAACUUGGAAAUUGACUAUCAUUAUGAUAUUGAUUAUUAUUGUUGUUGUUAUUGUUGUUGUUAUGAUGUAUCGUUAUUGUUCUUUUAAGUAGUGUGUCUUGAAAUAUUGCGUUAUUUAACGUGUGGAGAGGGUGAUAUACUGUAUCUUAAUGUAUAUUUGCCUGAAUAUGACAGACCUGUGGAAUAAAUCUUUAUGAAAGGG